UGGUGAUAUUGGGGGUGCACAUUCGGGCCGCCUGAAACCAUAUUGUGAGAGAGAGAGAGAGAGAGAGAAAGAGAGGCAAUCGCCGAGGAGAUAUUGUAUAUGUUGCGAUAAGGAAUCAAGGAGAUCACGUUGGAGCUUUUUUGUUGGACGACACAUCGCAUUUUGCAUUUGACAGGCACAAUUCUUGCAUGGAGGCAGCACAUCUGGAGCCGCUCCCGGAUUACGGAUUAUGAGCUACGUGCUUAACCUUUAAUGACAGACUCACAAAUUCCCAGGUCACACAGAGAACGCUAAGAUGCAAACGAUAAAGUGCGUCGUGGUAGGUGAUGGAGCAGUUGGUAAAACGUGUCUCUUGAUUUCAUAUACCACGAACAAAUUCCCCUCAGAAUACGUGCCUACUGUCUUUGAUAAUUAUGCGGUAACUGUGAUGAUAGGUGGUGACCCCUAUACAUUAGGAUUAUUUGAUACAGCAGGUCAGGAAGAUUAUGACAGGCUGCGUCCUUUAAGUUAUCCUCAAACUGAUGUAUUUCUCGUGUGUUUCUCGGUUGUGUCACCAUCGUCGUUCGAAAAUGUGAAAGAAAAGUGGGUGCCUGAAAUAACACAUCAUUGUCAGAGAACUCCGUUUUUACUUGUCGGAACACAAAUUGAUUUAAGAGAUGACGGCGCGACGUUAGAAAAGCUCGCAAAGAAUAAGCAGAAACCAAUAUCGGCAGAGCAGGGAGAGAAACUCGCCAAGGAACUUAAAGCUGUAAAAUAUGUAGAAUGCAGUGCUCUGACACAAAAAGGCUUGAAGAACGUAUUUGAUGAAGCCAUCUUGGCUGCGUUGGAACCGCCUGAGCCAGUGAAGAAGAGAAAGUGUAUGAUUCUGUAAGAGCGGUGCACUUGCCAUCGAAAGGACACAUGCAUGACGUCGAUAUAAACGUAGUACCAGGCGACAGUCUUGUGUGUAGUAUAUAUUAUACUAAAUAGAACUAAAAUUUGCCUCCUCAUACGACAACUGGGGGAAGAACAUAGCAAUCGCGCAUAUACCGCUUUCUAUACGGUGAAAGUGCAAACACAUUCCAUAAGGUGUGCGGCAAUAAUUCAUUGAGUUGUAAAGUUGAAGGACUCUUCUGUCAAACGAUAUCGAAUGCCUUUUUGAGGAAACUUGCACAAAGCCUUCAUUUCCAACGGGAUUUUUGAAGGGAGAGGACGUGCCUGAAAGAUUUUACCAGCGAUAAAUGGCUCAUCGAAUCGACGUCGAUGUAAUUCCGAUUGUUCUGAUUUCUCAAUUUGACGUUGAUUCGAUAUGUAUAUUUUUCGGGUAAAUCUCGAAACGGUUUUAAAACUUGUUGGCUCUUAAUGUUCAUAUCCGAGAAGGAUAGAGAGAAGGAAAGAGAAGAAGUAAAGAUUGGUGCUAUUGUUCGAGAAUAUUUUUUUAAGUCAAAGAGCGUUUACCAAUAUAGAAAUAGUCGUCACUUUGAAUCCCAGCUGUAUGACAGAGUACUCAUUUGACUAACGGAAUGUAUCCAAGUAUCUUUAGUUAAAAGAUCGAUCGUUUGCCCUGGGUAUGAAAAGUUUCCAGAGUUUCGUUAUUGAGAGAACUUUACGGUGAAUGUAUAGAAUGAUAAAUAUCUCGAUAAGAGUAUCUCUUAGGCGUGGUAUUACCAAUUGCAUAAAGACUAUUUCUAACAGACCGUUAACCCAUUGUACGGUAUCGUUAUCAAUUCGAAGAAUCUUAAGCAAUUUCGGACACGGUAUAUGUACGAUAAGUUUACUCGAAUAUUAAUUCCCGGGAACCGUUUUAAUCGAUAAGUCGCAGCUAAUUUCGAUAUUCACCGUAUCUGAAACAUUAUGGUGUUACAAGAGUUCUUUAGCGUGGCUAACAAUUACAUCAUCUUUCGAAUCGCAUCUUUCAAGGCAUACACGGCAGCUAACUUUUUCGAAGAAACGAUUUUUCACAGUCAACCAGUUUCUCUUCAUAUAUUUUUGAAUGCUACACGCGUUUAUUAUGCGGAGGGUCCGAUAAUUAUUUCGGGAUUCGUGCAGGUACACCCUGUAUAAUGAAAUACUAUCGGUAAAUUUCGCGACCAUGACACAGAAAUUGAGACAUUUUUAAACGAUAUUUACAAUGUUCACAUAAAAUCAUAUAUAUACUAAAGAGAUUCUAUCAACACGAUGCUGCAGGCGACGAUCGAUUCAGUCUCGACCGCGUGCUACCGAUUAAUUUUUUUUCACAUGGCCGAAUUGUCACAUAUCGUUAUUAGCCGACCGGCACACGUUCGAAUGUACUAUUGUCGUGAGACGUUCGAUUUUUCACAUCGAGUAAGCAGAUUGCAAAGAAAUACUUUAUCAAAAAUGUUUAAUCAACUUUUACACUACAAAUCCAGUUAAAAGUAACAACAUUUAUUAGUACUGUAUGUGUCGUAACAAUAUGUAGACUCGGUCAUAUAACAAAAUAUUCAUAUAAAUAUAUUUAUAUC